AAACAAAAACCUAUCUUGGUUUGAUCCUCAAUCUCUCUUUCUAAUUCUCUGGUUCCCUUUUGUGGAAUCAGAGGAUCAUCAUCAUUAGAUUUAUACCCAUGCAAACUCUAAUAAUAUUUUUUAAGAGAUACAACCUUCUUGGUACCCUUUAAAGAUUCAAAAUCUAACGGUUAACGAAAACAUAAUGGAGACUAGACAAAUGGAUUCGCCGAAAUCUGAUCCACGGAUGGAGGGAUGGCUUUAUCUCAUUCGAUCCAACCGCUUUGGAUUACAAUAUUCUCGCAAAAGGUAUUUCAUUCUUGAAGAAAAUUGCCUCAAGAGCUUUAAAUCUAAACCGGCUUCAGAAGCGGAUAAUCCACUAAGAAGCGCGACGAUAGAUUCUUGCAUACGAGUCACAGACAAUGGAAGAGAGAGCUUCAGUAGAAAAGUGUUCUUCAUUUUCACCCUUUACAAUACUUCAAAUCACAAUGAUUUUCUUAAGUUAGGAGCAAGUAAUCCAGAAGAAGCUGCAAGUUGGAUACGUUCGUUACAGGGUGUUGCAAUGCAGCAAGGAUCAAACUCAAAGCGAAGAUGGGAAUUAAAUGACCCCAAGAAUGCUGCAACUCGUAAACGUUCUGUGGAUUGGACCUCAUCUGCAACCAUGCAUGUCGACGCCAUGACAUCCGAUGUCAUUGCGCCUUCACAAUGGAAAAUAUUCGGUUGUAAAAAUGGGCUGCGCCUAUUUAAAGAAGCGAAAGAUAACAAUUCACAGACUUCAAAUGAUUUUCCUGCUAUAAUGGCAGUUGGCGUAAUUGAGGGAGCUUGCGAAGCUGUUUUCAGAACCGUCAUGUCGCUUGGUCUCUCCAGAUCCGAAUGGGACUUCUGUUUCUAUAAUGGCAGCGUGGUCGAGCACCUUGAUGGUCAUACAGACAUCAUACACAUUCAGCUAUGCCGCGACUGGCUACCAUGGGGAAUGAGCCGACGAGAUUUACUUUUGAGACGAUACUGGAGAAGGGAAGAUGACGGAACUUAUGUAAUUCUCUGCCAUUCUGUGAUCCAUAACAAGUGUCCACCGCAACAAGGAUACGUUCGAGCUUGGCUUCAAAGUGGUGGAUUUGUGGUGAGUCCUUUGAAUCAAGGAAAGGAAUGUGUGGUCAAACAAAUGCUUUCGAUCGACUGGAAAUUAUGGAGAUCGUAUUUGCCAAAAACAUCUUCGCGAUCCAUGACUAUACGCAUGCUGUGUCGAGUUUCAGCACUGAAAGAGUUGUUCAGGGCAAAAGGGGGAGACCAGUUUCCUGUAGAGUUCUUAACAGGAGAAGUUGAAUCGAUUCAAGCAAGCGAAGAACAGACCAAACACGAAGGCGGCUUGAUGGAACAACAAGAUGACAAAAAGGAAGACGCGAAUUCUAUGAUAAAUGAUGCACCUGUUUCUUGUUCAUCAAGUCUUAUCGGAUUGAACGACGCGUCUGAUGAAUUCUAUGAUGUUCCGGAACCUUUGGAAGACAAACGAGAUACGAACCCUCAAGAAGAACCACAACUUCAUCCUAAUCUAUCAACAGCUGCCAACUUUGUGAAAAAACUGCAUGGUCUUUUGGACUCCAACGCGACACGUUGUUACGGAUCAACAUUACAAAAGGAUUCUACGUUUAACACGCCUUGCACGUGGGCAGCUUCUGAUCCUUCUUUGUUUCUGGUUCGUGGACGGAAUUAUCUCAAAGACAACGAAAAGAAUAAGGCGAAAGGCACGAUGAUGGAAAUGGUUGGUGCCGACUGGUUACAGUCUGAUAAACGUGAAGAUGAUCUUGCAAGCCGUCCAGGUGGCAUUGUUCAGAAAUAUGCAGCCAAAGGUGGACCUGAAUUUUUCUUUGUGAUCAACAUACAGGUCCCGGGUACUUCCGCUUAUAAUCUUGUUCUAUAUUACAUGACAAGAACUCCUUUGGAAGAAUCUCUUUUACUAGAACGGUUUGUGAACGGUGAUGAUACUUUUAGAAACUCAAGAUUUAAGCUCAUACCAUACAUAUCUAAGGGAUCAUGGUUGGUAAAGCAAAGUGUUGGGAAGAAAGCGUGUUUGGUUGGUCAAGCACUCGAAGUGAAUUAUUGUCGAGGGAAGAAUUACUUGGAGCUUGAUAUUGAUGUGGGUUCAUCCACCGUGGCACGAGGUGUGGUUAAUCUUGUACUUGGUUACUUAAACAGUUUGAUUGUAGAAAUGGCCUUCUUAAUACAAGCUAACUCGCAAGACGAGCUACCAGAAUCCCUUCUCGGUACAUGUCGGUUGACUCAUAUGGAUAUUGCCAAGUCUAUCUCCGUCGAUUCUCUUAAUAACAGUUAGGUCAAACACGACAACAAGUUGACUUACAUGUACAUGAAUUUUUUUUGUCUUGAGCAAACGAAGGCAUAAACAAUGUAUAUAUCAUGUAAACUCG